AUGAAUGCUAUUAAUACAGCAUUAAGAAUCUUCUUUCUCUCACAAAUCAUAGUUGGGACUGUGGGAAAUUCCUUCUUCUUUUGUCUUUACAUAAUCACCUUCCUCUUUGGUCCCAAACUGAGACCCAUAGACUUACUUUUCAGUCACUUAGCCUUUGUCAAUGACUUGGUGCUUCUCUCUAAAGGGAUCCCUCAGACAAUGUCUACUUUUGGGCUUAAAAAUUUUCUGGAUGAUGUGGGAUGUAAACUUGUCUUUUACCUUCACCGAGUAGCCCGAAGCCUUUCUCGCAGCACAACCUGUCUCCUAACUGGUUUCCAGGCCAUCACCAUCAGUUCUGGGAGCUACAGGUGGACAGAAUUCAAAGAAAAAUUCACAAAGUUUAUUGUCCCGUCAUGUCUCUUCUGCUGGACUUUUCAUCUACUCAUAAAUAUCAUUCUUCUUAUGUAUAUAAGAGGGCCAAAAGGAAGCAAAAACACCACUGAGAUACAUGAUUUUAUUUAUUGUUCUUUUUCAUUUCAGAGCUCAUUUGGUAUACUCAUGUAUGUAUUUAUAUUCUCCCUUCCUGACAUUAUAUGUGUGGGAAUAAUAGUUUCAACCAGUAUCUAUAUGGUAUUUGCCCUGAAAAAACACUUCCAGACAGUAAAGUAUGUUCAUGGUAGCAGUGUCAAUUCUAGAGUAUCCCCUGAGCCCAGAGCCACUCAAACCAUCCUGCUGCUGGUCAGUACAUUUGUCACCUUUUAUUCAUUAAAUUCCAUCUUGGCAGUAUAUAUGCAUUACAGAAAGUCACAGCUGUGGAUGGUUCACAUGUCAGUCUUCCUGGCUGCCUGCUUUCCAGCAUGUAGCCCUUUUGUGCUAAUCAUCAGUGACUCCCAAGUCCCUAAGUAUUGCUUGGUUCUCUGGAGGAAGAUAAGGCCCCCACCCUGA